AUGUACAGAAACCGCUACACCCGCGGCCGCAUCAUCGGCCACGGCGCCUACUCGGUGGUGUACGAGGGCACCCAGAUCACCACGGGCCGCCUCGUGGCGAUCAAGUCCAUCCCCAAGGCCGAGGGCUGGCUCGAGGCCGCCGCGCAGCGCGACGGGGUGGUGCGGGAGAUUGCCGUCCUGCGGCGCCUGACCGGCCACCCUGGGGCCCUCUCCCUCAUUGACCUCUCGGAGGGGCCGGGGCACUACCACCUAGUCACCGAGCUCUGCACCGGCGGGGAGCUCUUCGACCAGAUCAUCGGGCGCGGCCACUUUGACGAGCGCGCCGCCGCCGACCUCGCGCGCGCGCUGCUGAGUUUCAUCGCCUUCUGCCACGCCCGCGGCGUGGUGCACCGCGACCUCAAGCCUGAGAACAUCAUGCUGGCCCACGGCGGGGAGGGGGCGGCGGUCAAGAUCGUUGACUACGGGACGAGCGCGUUCUGCUUGCCCAAUGAGCGGCUGCACGAGAAGCUGGGGACCCCCUACUACGUCGCCCCCGAGGUCCUCCUGAAAGACUACGGCUGCGCCGCAGAUGUCUGGAGCGCCGGCGUCAUCACCUACAUCCUGCUGUGCGGCUGCCCGCCCUUUGGGGGCCGCAGCGACGAGAGGAUCCUGUCAAAGGUGGCGCGCGGCAGCUACAGCUUCGCCGGCAGGGCCGCGGGCCUGUCCCCUGCCCGUCCGUUAUGA